CUGAAAUCCUGAUGAGCGCAGUUGGUGUCCGCACCUGAGAAGAUUCGACGCUGGGAAAUGGAGAGCAGGAGAGCUCAGCAGGUCAGGUGGGAAGCGCUCAGUAGGAGUAGCUCGGACCCGGUGAGCUUAGUAGCGAAGCAAGACCUGCAGGUCAUAAAGUAGCCAGCAGUAGAGACCUCUUAUGAAGCGUCGCUCCGCACGAGGAUUUGCUGUCGUGGAGCGGAAUGCGGGGGCAUGCGAAGAGGCUUGCUUCAUCAAGCGCCGGUGCGUGCGGAUUUGUCGGGUGGAGGCAGGCCAGCAGCAGCGCAGGGAUCGAGGUCCUGCAUGCGCGGGGAAACCGGUCGCGGCCUAUGCAUGACCCUGCUAGCUGAUCGAUGCUGCGCUGCUCUCCUCCUCUCAUCGCAGCUACAUCUCGUCCAGACGGCGACUGCACAUCAUUCAACAAAGGUGCCAGCGUUCAUCACGGAUCGCCACGACAUCCACUCCAAGCGUCUGAAUCCCCAGGACCACUUGCGCGUCGGACAUCACGGGCAACCCUGUGCGAAAGCCGAGAUUACAUCACGCUUCAAGCGCCCGACCAAGCAGGCGCCUUGCAGGUCGUAACUCUGUCGCGUUGGAUGACUGCCGAGACUGAUUGAGAUUGACACUCCUUAGCAGAACAAAAGCGUCCACGGCUGCAUCUGGGAGGUCAUCCUGACACCGCACACGCGCAUUUGGAGGGAUAAAAGGCAGAAUCAUGUUCGAUUCGCAAAGCCGUGACAAGAGUACAAGUGGUCCGAUCGGGACUGUGGCGAUUUCGAGCAAAUGCUGAGAGUGUGGCGUAGAGAGGCGCUGUCCCUCGCUUGU